CGAACAAGCCGUAUUCGCGAUCGGACGAUCGAACCGACAAGCAGUGAACCAGCAAACGGUCGUUCCACUUGAGCAAACGCGCGCGUUCAAGUUUUUCCCACCUGCCUCCAGACACUCACCACACUGUUACUGCGCAGUGUGCCCGCGAUUGGUCCAUUCUACGCUGUUGUGGCUACCUAGGAUAACGAAGCUAUUCGACCUGUAAUACACACGUCCUGUUCGUAUCCAGUUUGCUUCGAACGACGCCGAAUGAAGGAUACCCGUCGCUGAAAGUAAAGCGGAGACAGAGAGAAAGAGAGAGAGAGAAUUCACAAUUCACGUGGUUGCACUUAUUCUCUUUUCAUUUUCUCUCUUUCUCGACGGUUCGGAGUUUACAUCCGGAAAUACCGAGACAUCCCUCGUGAGAGACGCACGUCGAAGUAGGCGCGCGCGCGCACAAGCGGUGUAUUUCCGUAUAAUGAGCUGCGCCGGAUACGCAAGACAGCGAAAACGUAUAGCAACGAACGUGCGUUAGAGCGACUUUCCACCUACCCGUCACUUCCCGUCUGGAUCGGCCCAAUAUGGUUCACCUACGACGCAAGAUCAUAUCCCUCGCAAGUGUGAUCAAUCAGCAGCAGCAGAACGUAAGGUGGAGUUCGUCCUUAAAAGUUAAAGAUGAAAACUCCGUACCACAUGUCUCGCCUAAAAGGGACUCUUUCAAGUAUGCAGAUUUGUCUGUGCGCUUCGCAAACCCGCACGAAUUGCGCCCCAAACCUGCGACUAACCAGCUUUCAUUCGGUAAACAUUUCACCGAUCACAUGCUCAAAAUACAUUAUUACGAAGCCUUGGGUGGCUGGCAGGCGCCAGAAAUUAUGCCAUUCGAAAACAUAGUUCUUCAUCCAGCUGCAAAAGUGCUUCAUUACGCAGUAGAGUUGUUUGAAGGUAUGAAAGCUUAUAGAGGUGUUGAUGGCAAAAUCAGAUUGUUUAGGCCAGAGCUAAAUAUGGAACGAAUGAAUAAUUCAGCAGUGAGGUCCGGAUUGCCUGUUUUCAGAGGGGACGAAUUAAUUAAGUGCCUUACCAGAUUAAUUAAUAUAGAUCAAGAAUGGGUGCCGCAUUCCACCUCCUCUAGUCUUUAUGUUCGUCCUACAUACAUAGGCAUCGAACCUACGCUCGGAGUUGGUGUAACAGAUUCGGCUUUGCUGUAUGCAAUUCUGACACCUGUCGGGUCUUACUUUGCAAAUUCAGGACAUAACGGAGUCUCGUUACUCGCGGAUCCUAAGUACAUCAGAGCAUGGCCCGGUGGUUGCGGCAACUCUAAACUAGGCAGUAAUUACGGACCUACGAUUCAGGUGCAACAGGAAGCCGCUGAUAAAGGUUUACAUCAAGUGCUAUGGCUGUAUGGAGAAGAUCAUCAACUCACUGAAGUUGGUACCAUGAAUAUCUUCAUGGUUUAUAUCAACGAUGACGGAAAAAAAGAAUUAAUUACGCCACCUUUGAACGGUUUAAUUUUACCCGGUGUUGUACGAAACUCACUCUUGGCUAUAUCAAGGGAGUGGAAUCAAUAUGAUGUUUCGGAGAGAACCAUCACCAUGGCAGAAGUAAUACAAUUGCUCUCCGAAAACAGAGUACUGGAAAUGUUCGGGGCCGGUACAGCGUGUGUAGUUAGUCCUAUAUCAUAUAUUCAAUUUAUAGACCAAGGAUUGCAUAUACCGACACUUGAACAGCCCGAACCGAUUCACGAGAUGCUCAAGAAACACUUACUGGACAUACAAUAUGGUGUUAUACCGGACCACCCGUGGAGCUUAACGGUUCAGUAAUAAAACAAAGUGGAUAACAUAUUGGACUUCGAUUCUCAUCACAUCGAACGUUAUAUUUAUAUACGUUACACAGGACCUCGAUAAAUUCAAGUGCUUUAUAAUUAGAUAUAUAAAAAAAGUAUGAAUUGAGUUUUUUUCAAUUAACGAUUAAUAUGAGCUAUUACAAUUAAAGUUAACUUAAUUGUGUGAUUAACGUGACGGUUGACGGUUGUCGACGGAUUCAGUACACUUAAUUAACUAGCACGUUUAAUUAAUCGAAUAUCAAGGAUUUUGUGGCUCAGCCGAGAGUUGUUUUUGGCUUAAAAUUCGCUCAUUUUAAUUAUCCAUCAAACGAUCUUUGAUUUAAAAGUUUGCUGAGUUCAAUCGUAAGUCGAAGCGCCUUUUAUUCCCUUCACUCAUAUUAGUCAUCAUUGAACAAUAUUUUAUUGAAUUUAUUCACAUCACUCGUCAAUUAUCGUUUAAUUAAAGUGGCUCAUAUUAAUUAUCAAUUAAAUACGAUAAUGAAUGAAUGAAUUAUUAUUAAUUAUAGGUAAUUAAUUAGGAAAGCAAUCAAUUACUUGCAAUCCUCUGAUAAACCUAGUUUUUUUAUUUGCCAUGCGUCUAUUGCUUUCAACUCGUAUAAAAGACUUGAAUUUAUAAAUAUAUUGCGACGUAUAUGUUUAUAUAAAAUCUUUUUAAGAAACGAAUUAAAUUAAUAUUUAUUUAUAUUCUCUUACGACCGCUUCUAUUGAAGAACUUCUACGUGAAAAGAAAAACCUACUUGCGUAUGUAAAAAUUUUCUCUUGCUCAAAAUAUUCUCUUGUAGAAAAAUGCAUUAUGUUAUUUCCUAUAAAAUAGUCUCGCGUUUUAUACGUAAUACUUGUGAUUGAUACGUAACUAGCAGUAAUUGUGUACGAAUAUCAUGUACAAAAUGAUACAUUUACGACUGUACAUAUCCUUAGUAUAGAUACGAUGCGAUACAUUAAUUGUUACUAUUAUCUGUAAUUGCAGAUUUUGUAAAGAUACAUUUUUUAAAUAAUAAUUACACACAUUAUAGACAU